UAUCAAAAAAAGUCGCUUUUUUGGUUGUUGUUUGUUUAUUUAUGUACUCGCCGGCAAAAUGGAAAUAUCAACUGAGGAAUCAUCAGAUAAUAAACUUGAUGUGCGUGAAAACAUAGCCCAAUUCGAUUACGAAAACGUGAAAGAAAAAUUUUACAUCCAUCUUCAUAAAAAUUGCCCUAAAACAGUGAAUCUUAACAAUCCGUGUUGGCAAAACUGUAUAGAAUUUGUGAUAAAGACAGUUUUGGAUGGAAAAACAGCGGAGAAAAAUAAUAAAAAAAUAGAUGAAGUUACAGCGACUGCUUUGAAAACCUAUGAUGUUAUCAACACAAAGGGAAAAGAUGUUCUGGUUUUCAAGGAUACCUUAAACAAAAAUGGUGAUCAAAUCAUUGUGGUUUCUAAUGAGGAAUGCUUUGAAUUACUAGUCCAUAUACACAUACAAAACAAUCAUGCUGACUACACAAAAAUGAUGAGUGUGUUAAAUGAGAGCUGGCAUUUGAGACAUGAAAAUGUUUCCUUAUUUCUUAGACUUUGUAACACUUGCAAUCCUAAAUCAAAAUCAGACUUUGGACCACCAUUUUCGCUUUAUACCCUGGAACCGGAUCUAUUUUCUGGUGUGAUAAGUAUACUCUAUAAAAUGUGUCCAGAGUUUUACAUAGAAGUUGAAACUAUAGAAUGGGAGGAAAUUAAAAAGUAUGAUGAAAUGGUUAAAUAUGGAUUUUGUGAUUGGAUGUCCAUGACGGGGUGCACAAACUGGGCUACGGGAUGUCGGAUGGUACAAUGGAAGCUAAAUAAUAUGGAAACAGAUGGCAAAAUUCCGUUCGAAUCACUUUUCGGUAUACGCUGUAACAAUGCGUUGCAUCCCAAUCCGGCUUGGUUGCACGUUGGUGGAAUCACGAGAGAAGCAACAACAAAGGCCCAAAAAUUAAGGCAAAUGUUUAAUUUAAGUGAACCCGAGAGUCCUAAAGUUGAUAAAGUGGAAACUGAUUUUGCUGUAAGUCUGAAUGAGGACGAAAGACCGCAAUGUAUAAUUUGUUUGCACACAGUCUAUAGAAUCUCUUUUUGUACGGUGUGCAAGAGACCUAUGCAUUCAUUUUGUGGAUCAAGAUUUGUUGGUAAAAAGAAAAGAAUAUAUAGUUUGUGUCUUAAAUGUAAGGCAUCUGCUUCAAAAUGAUACAAAUAUGAUAUAGUUAUAGGUAUAGUAUAAAUAGUGUAUUUUUUUAAAAUAAAUUGUCUGUA